AUGAUUGGGAGCAUCGAUUGCAUGCAUUGGGAGUGGAAGAAUUGCUCAACCGGCUGGGCUGGAGCUUUCUCGGGUCGAAAGGGUAGACUAACUAUUAUUCUUGAAGCAGUGGCGUCUUAUGACACGCGUAUAUGGCACACCUUCUUCGGAACCCCUGGAGCUCAAAAUGACCUAAAUGUUCUGGGUGCGUCUAAUGUGUUCGAGCGUGUCAUAGGUGGAAUUGCUCCUCUGGUUGAGUUUGAAGUCAAUAACAAAAGGUACACCAAUGGUUACUAUCUUGCUGAUGGAAUAUAUCCGAGGUGGUCCACUUUUGUCAAAACAAUAUCAAACCCUAGAACAGAAGAGGAGAAACACUUUUGUAAAAAACAAGAGGCUUAUCGCAAAGAUGUGGAGAGGCGUUUUGGUAUCCUUCAAUCUCGAUGGGCCAUACUGCGUCACGGUGCUAGGUUGUUUAAAUUGGAGGAUCUUCGAGCCAUUAUGAUAAGUUGCAUCAUUCUUCAUAACAUGAUUGUGGAUAAUGAGUUUGUUGAGGAAGAAUUUGUGGAGUCUCAAGAAGCUGAUCUAAUGAAUCCAGCAAUGGCAACCGUCUAUGACCGGCCUGUGCAUCCCGAUACUGGAGCACCUAUUCCUUUCGAACCAGUAGGGAGAGAUGGACAGAAUCUUCCUGCAUUCAUGGAUCGUGAAUUUCAGGUAGAGUCAGCCUACCUCCACAAGUGCCUGCAAGAUGAUUUGGUGAUGCACAAUUGGAACAUGGAUGGUAACUGA